GUAGUAUAUGAUGUUGUCCAGAAUUGGUAAAUUACUCCACAAUACUCCACAAAUACUCCACAAAUACUCCACAAUACUCCACAAUACUCCACAAUGCUCUUACUCCACAUUGCUCCACAUUCACAUUGCUCUACAUGGACAGGACAUGUCCACUUUUUCGGUAAGGUAUUAGAGUAUUCGCUAGAGGGGUCAGGGGUGUUUCUAUCUCGCUCGAUAAGACCUUGACAUGAGAAUUGGGAGAGAGAAAAAUCGCGCUAUUGUUUAAUUUUCGCCCUUUAAUUGAUAAGACUUCGAGGAAUUGGUAGAGAGAAAAAUCGCGCUAUUGUUUAAUUUUCGCCCUUUAAUGGAUAAGACUUCGAGGAAUUGGGAGAGAGAAAAAUCGCGCUAUUGUUUAAUUUUCGCCCUUUAAUUGAUAAGACUUCGAGGAAUUGGUAGAGAGAAAAAUCGCGCUAUUGUUUAAUUUUCGCCCUUUAAUGGAUAAGACUUCGAGGAAUUGGGAGAGAGAAAAAUCGCGUUAUUGUUUAAUUUUCACUCUUUAAUGGAUAAGACUUUGAGGAAUUGGGGAGAGAGAAAAAUCGCAUUAUUGUUUAAACGGGGUGGAAUCGGUUGUAUAAUUGAUAAGCUUCAGCGGGAAACGAUAAUGAAUUUAACUGUGAGAACGCAAUAUUUUUUUAAUUGAUGAAUCGUUGAACUCACAGUAGGAUAACAGUCGCUGAAUCAGUUUAAUAAAUUAGUGAUAAUGAAAAGCUGUUAACUUCCUUCGAGAAAAAGGAACACGCAUAUGAAAAGCUGUUAACUUCCUUUGAGAAAAAGGAACACGCAUUGAUUUCAUUUAUUCGGCGUGAAGUUAUUACUCUUCUUUUAAUUAUAAUGCGAGUUUUUACCAAGUGGUGCGUAAUAAUUUGUAUUAGUCGCUUCUUGAUGAAAUUUUAAAUUGUGUGACGCUUUUUUUUCUUAACGCGGGUUUUAAAUAGUUCAGGAUGUUACAUCGACCAGUAUUACUUGAAUGACGGUUGAAAUUAGACCUAGUACAGUGACAGACUACUUGGUUGGUAACUUUUACGUUAGUACUUUAGUAAAAGUAAAGAAACGAGUUUGUAUUUGAAACUAACUAGACAUAGUUUUCAGACGAAAAGCUAAAUCUUUGAAGCUGACCUGGUUUCUCAGAUAAGCUAGAUUUACCGUAUAAAGUCUGCCAAACCGUUUCCUGAUUAUCAAUAUUAACGGAAGCUGGAGUUUGUUUAAUAGAGGAUAAAAAGUCGUGGUUUCGUUUAACACUUCAGUGCUGAAGACUUCGCCGCUCAAUUCCUCGCAGUCAGUGUCAUCACAAGUCUACCGAAUUGAAAAAAUGUCGUUUUCUGAGGAAGAAGAGUUAGAUAAUAUCAUACGUCAAGUAAUACUGGAGUCUGAGCAAGAAGUUAAACCGAUUGAAACAGAAGUUUUUGUUGAAGAGAAAAAACAGACCGAGGUACCAUGCUGUAGUAAGACUUUGCCAACACCGCGUAAGAAAAGACCAUUGAAAAAAGACGAACCCGCAAAAGGCACUAAAAGAUCACGCAAAAUACGGACCGCUGAUAGUUCUACUGAAACAUCUAUUCCUUGGCCCCGACUUUGUCGGGAUUGUUUAGAGCAAGUGUACACCGCUUAUCAAGCCGUCAAUAACAACUAAUCAUAACGUUUUUUUUUAAUUAUCUCUCCAUGUAUAUGUGUUAAUUAAGUCUUACAUUUAAAAUGAAACCCAUUAAUUUGUUGAAUAUGUGUUAUGAAGUUAUCGUGUAUCACAUUCAGCAAUCUUUAUAUCUGAACAUACACGAACCCAUUAUUCUUAAACUCUCUUUACCUAAAAAGUUAAUAAUAACUAUUACACAAAAUAUAAUCAAACAUAUUCAGGAGUUAACUUUCAGCCCAAAUGAUGAAAACAAAAAACUCUCAUAUCAUACAGAAGUAUUAUUAGCAUCAUGCGUUUUCACUGCAAUGACUAUUUCAAAUCACCCCGAAUUUAAUCUUUCUACAUACAUGGGACUAAGCGGUUUUUGCUACACUGAACGCUUAGCGGUUAAAUACGCAUUAAGACGCUUCAUUUAUUCACCAUUGUCCAGUUUGAAUUUGCAUGGGUUACGUAACAUCUCGUGUAAAGUACUUCUUUAUGAACUAUUUCAACUUAAUAAAAUAUUACCAGUAAAUAUUCAACGACGUGUAAAAGGAAACCAAAAACCUAAAUUAAUUACCUUCCCGUUAAAGAUAUUCUGUUUUUGUGAAGCCAAGGAUUUAUUUACAUGUUUUAUGAGCUCUUUAGUUCAAAGAGGUUUUCAAGUGGAAAUACCUUGUUUAACAUUUGUGAAUAUGGAGCAUGAUAUCGUUUUGGGAAUAAAAGCAAUGUUUGAAGGCGAACCUGCUAUCAUAUUAAAUGAAAUUACUCUUAUCACAUGUGCUCAAGUGUCCCACCAUUAUCAUUAAUUACAUUCAUAUGAAUAUUCAUUUUUACUGUGUUUUGUAAUAUGUGCUUUUUUUGUUUUUAGAUUAUAGUUAAUAUUAUAAUUAUGCCUAGUUAUACUUGUGAAAUAUGCUUGAAACGGUUCUCAGCUAAAAGGUACUUGUCAAGGCAUCAGAAGACGAUACACAUAAAGAGACGAUAUGAAUGUCAUAAAUGUGGGAGAAUAUUCUCAAGAAAAGAUAGUCUCAAGAGACAUAACAAAAUGGAAGAGACAAAGACGAAAACUUUGAACACUGAACAAACCUCUUCGCCCAAAUCAGUUGAACCUCUUAAUGUAAGAAAGCAGACAUUAAUAACAUCAUUCACUGAGCCUCUUAACUUGAGCAAAACGUCGCGAAAAGCUGAACAAGCAAAAAAUCAACGUAUGAAGAAAAACUUUUUGAUGGUACCGGUCUCAGAAUCUCUUGAUUUGAGCGUUCAACAAUCAGAAAGUCAGUGUACUGAGAAGAAUUUAAAUUCUUCAUCUCUCCAACUUCAAACUGCCGCUAAAAAGCGAGAAAAUCAGAAAAACAAGUCAUCGGCAACAGAAGCUCAAUGCGUCACUACAUCAACAGAGAAGAUCUCCAGAAAACGUUAUUCACCUACAGAAAAACCCAAAACUAAGAAACGUAAAAGGGAUAACACUUUUAAGUCUGAAACUAUUGAUGAGGUAUGUGAAACUUUAAAUCCGCAUGUCGCAGCUGUGUACAGACGUCACUGGGCUUCCAUUAAAACUCAAUUUUCAACAGGCAACAACACACAAGACUUUUACAAUUUCCGUUUAUUAAACUCUGGUUUCGAAAACGCAGCAGAUAGUUUUCGGGCAAUAUUUGAUGGUCAAACUUCUUCAUUUAAAAUCAGUUAUUCAUUCGGGUAUAUUUUGAAAAAUUCUUCCAUUGACACUGAAAAUCAAUUCAGAUAUUUUCAUCCGUCCCCAAAUGAGGGUGCCAUUAUAGAACCACAAAUAAUAACUUCUGAACGCGAAUUUUUAAGAUUUAUGGACUUUGUUGAUACGACUAUGGGUUUAGAAUGGGCAAGAUGUCAGAAGCCUACAAGUUCUGAUAAAGUGGAGUCAGUAACAAACAUUUGUUUUUUCGUUAACAAAACGAAUUUUAACCUUAUUGGUUGCCCUGUCAGUUUACCAGACUUCAUCAAAAACUCAAAAUUUGUUCUGAGUCUUGAUAAAUAUUAUAACAUUCCCUACACGGAUAAGUUGUGUAUGUUUCGCUGCCUGGCAAUUUUGCGAGACCCCUCUAAAAACAAUUUUGUGAAAGACACUGAGGUAGCCGCUCAACGUUUUGCACAAUUCACGGGGAAAGACCCAAGUGAAGGAGUUUCAAUACUGGACUUGGAUAAAAUAGAAGACUGCUUUCAAGUUCGUGUCAACGUAUUCUCAUUAUUAAACUCUGAUACUGCCAUUGUGAUUCGAAGAAGCCAGUUUACAAACUCAACUGAUACUCUCAAUGUCAACCUUUACCAAAAUCAUUUCAGCUACAUCACUGAUAUUAAAGGUUAUGCAAAAAAUUAUCGAUGCGAAACCUGUCAAAAGUUAUGGCAUUGUUUAUGGAAAUUAAAUAGACAUUCAAGUAAUUGCUCGCUUCAUCAAAAAGAAAAAUUUAUAAGUGGUGUUUAUGAAAAUCAAAAAACUGUUUUUGAAAGACUUGAAGAUUUUAAUAUUAAUAUCCCCUUAAACCAACAAUAUUAUCCUUUUCGAGUAACUUUUGAUUUUGAGUGUUAUUUUCCCAUAACAAACGAAAUUAAAGAUACUAAAUGCACCAAAUACCUCAAAGAGCAUGUCCCCCUUAGUGUUGCAAUAAAUUCUAAUGUCCCUGAAUUCACGGAUGCUAAAUGUUUCAUAACUGAAGGUGAUCCAGAACAAUUAAUAUUUCAAAUGAUGGAAUAUAUUGAUGAUAUUCAAAAACAAGCGUAUAAACUGUUGUUUUCUGAAUUUGAACCUUAUAUUAUACAAAUUAAUAAAAAACUUCAGGAUUUACUGCAACGCGAGAGAGAUUUCGCCUCCAGACACUCUAUUAUUUCAAACCCUUCACCCGAAAAACAUUGCUUAAAUAUAUUAAAGAGUAUGUUAAUUAAAUUUAUGAAGCAAAUUAUAAUUCUCGGAUAUAACUCUGGAAAAUAUGAUAUUAAUGUAAUUAAACCGUAUCUGAUAAAAUUUUUCAAAUUACAAAAUUCCAAAAUUUUUUCAUUAAAAAGAGGAAAUAAAUUUAUGUGUUUACAAACUGAAAAAUUCAGAUUUUUAGAUAUUAUGAAUUAUUUAGCACCCGGUUAUACUUAUGAUAAAUUUCUCAAAGCGUUCCUAUUGAACGUUUCUAAAGGGCUUUUCCCUUAUGAGUACAUUGAUGAUUUGAAAAAAUUAGAAGAUAAAGAGUUACCACCUCAUUCAGCUUUUUUUAGUAAUUUAAAAAAUAAAAAUAUUACUGAGGCUGAAUAUGAACAGUGUAAAACUGUUUGGCGGGAACGUAAUAUGAAAUCAUUAAGAGAUUAUCUCAUUUAUUACAAUACACAGGAUGUAACACCUUUCCUCGAUGCUAUUGCAAAACAAUUUGAUAUUUAUAAAUCUAAAACACAAAUUGACAUGUUUAAAGCACCUAUAUCUGUCCCGGGGUUAACCCUUCAAUUCAUGUUUAGAAACUUAAACACUGUUUUCACCGUUCCAAACGAACAAAAUUCUGAUAUACAUAGACUGAUACGUUCCAAUUUGGUAGGUGGACCCGCACAGAUAUUUCAUCGGUAUCAUGAGGCGGGUGUGACAAAAAUACGUGGUGACUAUAAUGAUGAAUCCGCUCAAACAUGUGAGUCGGUAUUAGGAUUAGAUGCAAACGCUUUAUACUUGAUGGCUAUUGGUGAAAAACUUCCAACCGGAUUUCCUGUGAGAUGGAAAUCGGACGGGAAUAAUCGUUUUAAAAAAUCAAAAACUGCACCUAAUAUUUCAAAAGCUUGUUCAUGGUUAGACUGGGUUAGUUAUUCACAAAACAUUAAAAUUCAACACGGACUCAAUGGCUCAGAAAAAAGAAUUGGUAUGCGGAAUUUACCCGUAGAUGGUUUUUCAAUAACUCCAAACUUUGCCACAAUAUACCAAUUUCACGGUUGUUUGUUUCACGGUCACAAUUGUCAUCUUGGUAGAAGUGAAACCUAUCCAGGUAAAAGUCAUGAGGAAUUACAACAAAACACAGCCUUAAACACACGUUAUUUUCAAACUCUCGGAUAUAAAGUUGUGAUAAUGCGCGAAUGUGAUUGGAAUGAAAUUACCAAAACAGAACCGGUGAAAUCCUUUCUCAAAUCAAGGCAACCGAAUUUAUAUAAAGGUUAUACACUUUCAACGCAACAAAUGAUAAACGUAAUUCAAAAAGGUAAACUGUUUGGUCUUAUCGAGUGUGACAUUCAAGUACCCGACGAGCUUAAAGAGUAUUAUGCGGAAAUGCCUCCUAUUUUUAAAAAUAUUUUAGUGUCUCAAGCAGAUAUCGGUGAACAUAUGCGACAAUACGCUGUUGAUAAUAAAAUAAUGUCUCAACCGAGGCGUUCACUCAUAGGAAGUUACAUUGGUAAUAAAAUUCUUCUUGCGACUGAUCUCGUUCGCUGGUAUAUUAAUCAUGGAAUUCAAAUUACCCACAUAUAUCAAUUUAUCGAGUAUGAACCUAAAGAAUGUUUUGCACCUUUUCGUGAUGAAGUUUCUGCGGCUAGAAGGGAAGGAGAUACAUCACCAGAAAAAGCAAUAUUAGCUGAUACAUACAAGUUACUUGGAAACUCCUCAUAUGGAAAGACGUUGGAAAAUGUCGCUAACUACAGAACCAUAACAUACUGUGAUGGUAAACAAGCACGAGACUUAAUCAAUGACCCUUCAUUUGUUGGUGCGACUCAGCUCGAUGACAACUUAUUUGAAGUGAAUUCAAGAAGAAAACAGAUUUCAUGGAAAUUACCCAAUCAAAUUGGAUUCGUAGUGUACCAAAACGCGAAGUUACGCAUGCUAGAACUGAAAUAUGACUUUUUUGACAAAUACUUUGAUCGGUCUGAUUACCAGUAUCUUUGUAUGGAUACGGACUCAGCGUACGUAGCUAUUUCCAAUAAAAAUUUGGAAACUUUAGUAAAGCCAGAAAUGAGAGAAGAAUUUUACAAUAAUUAUCAUAAAUGGUUCCCCUCUAAAUCAUGUGAAACUCAUCGUAACGAGUUCAUUUUCAAUAAGACCAAUUUAUUACCGUUUGACGAUACACGUGAAUGCUGUGUGAAACAGUUUAAGUUUGAUAAACGAACACCGGGACUUUUCAAAGUAGAAUUUUCCGGCGAAACGUUUGUUGGACUUUGUGCCAAAACAUAUUUUUGUCAAGGUGAUAAUACCUUCAAAUUCGCCGCAAAAGGUCUACAAAAUAUUCACCAGAAUAUAACGUUUAAUAAAAUGCGAAACGUUCUAUUCUCUAAAAAUUCAGCUGGCGGGUUUAACGUUAACUUUAAACUUUAUAAAAAUAAAAUGUACACUUAUAAACAAUACCGAAAUGGGAUGCCUUACUUUUACGCGAAGAGAAAAGUCCAUAGUGAUGGAAUUUCUACCAGCCCUUUGUUAAUUUAGUUACACCAUGUUUAUACAUUUCAUAAAGUGUUCUUUAACAUUGCAUAUCAAAUGUUAUAAUUGUUCAAUUUUGUUUUGUUUUUACUUUGCAUCCAAGUUUUCUUCACCCGACCAUUUCAUACAUAUUUUCUUAAACUACGCUUUAUAUUUACUUUUCAAUAUGAUAUCUUUCUCAUUUCAUUUACGUGCUUUUGUUUUAUCCUAAUCUCUGGUCUGUUAUUUUUACAGUUCUUAUUAUAAGCAUUUAAAUCUAAAAAUUAUCAAAAUGAACAAUGCACAAAUCCCGACCUAUACAGAAGCUAUACUGAAAGCGUUGGAGUCUUACGAGUGGACAGAUGGGUUCGAGGUCAUCCCGACUUUAAAAAGAUUUCUCGUGCGGGACCAUUUUGCGUCCAUAUCUUUUGCGGAGUUAAGGAAUAUGAGCAGAAGUGAAAGGAUUACGGUCGUACAUGCCGUACAAAAAUUCAUAAUGUACAUUGUGACCUGCAAGCAGGAGUAUUUAGACUGUGUGGUACCACCGACAUGUUGGUUUCAGAUGUUUAUAAACCUCCGGGACGAGUACUUUUAAUACCUAAAAUCUACAUUUUUUUAAAUAUAAUACUGUGUCUAUAAUCAUUUAUUUGUGUACUUGUGCCUUUCUGUAAUACUGUGUUUUCUAUUAUUCAUAUACUUCAAUAUAAUCACUUACAACCUGUUCAA